UCACACCUUGUGGGCUCCUCGACCAUAUAAAGCAUCGCUGCAGGACAUCAGUCAGUCACUAGACACAGCAGAGACAGUGUUUGCUUUUUUCACCAUUUUGCAUCCAAACCGUGUCAAAAUGUGCAAGCUCACUCUAACUGCAGCUCUCUGUUUGAUCAUCGCCUGCUUGGGUUUAUCUGGCAUUGAAGCAAACUCUGGCCCCUCCUACCCCAACAAUGCAUUCUCCUGCGUUGGAAAACCCAAUGGGCUAUACCCCAACCCUGGCGACGAACAUUCUUUCUUCUACUGUGUAGCUGGACGAGCAAUUCUCAAACAAUGCGCUGCAAAUUUGGUCUAUAACCCAGCCAUUAAGGGUUGUGACUAUCCCAAAUUUGCAUUCUUCUGCGUUGGAAAACGCGAUGGGCAAUACCCCAACCCUAGUGACCAACAUUCUUUCUUCUACUGUGUAGCUGGAAAAGCAUUUCUCAGACAAUGCCCAGCAAAUUUGGUCUAUAACUCAGCCAUUCAGGUGUGUGCCUAUCCCGAUAGUCCAGUUAACAAUGCAAACGACUGCUAUGGAAGAAAAGAUGGGCAGUACACCAACCCUAGAGACCAGCAUUCUUUUCUCAGCUGCGUAGCUGGACUAACCUACGUCAUGCAAUGCCCAGCAAAUUUGGUCUAUGUAGAAGCCAAGAAUUGGUGCGACUAUCCCAAUCAGCACCAUUACUAGUACAGAUGAUGGAGGCCAAUGUAGUAGAAGAAGAAAUGGGCAAUAUCCCAACCCUGAUAUAAUCAAAUUCUAUUAAAUGUUCAAUUUACUCUGUUUCUUCAAUGCUUUUGGAUGUGAGAAAUGUAAUAGUGGUUAAAUAUCACAUUAUUUUCUUAACUUCAUUGUUGUGUGUAUAAUCACAAUGGGUACUUUCUCUUUCGUUUAUGUUUAGCCAUUGGUGAAUGGAUUGGUCUUACAUUAUGACACAAAUGUAGCGUAUUGUAAUUAUAUUCAUGUGAUCUUACUCUGAAUUUAAUUCAAUCAUAAUUAUGAAACGAUGAAGCAAUAAAAUACAGCAAAUAUACCUGGCAAGUUUUUCUUUGCACUAUUUUUA